AUGGAAGCACUAAAGAAGCGCAUCAACGCCCUCCGCCUCGAAGCCGACGAGUCCUCCGCGCGGGCCGAAGAACUAGCAGCCAAAGUCAAGCACCUAGAGCAGGAAAACCUCGCCAAAGAGCAAGAGAUCGUGUCGCUGCAGCACAAGAACCAGCUGCUGGAGGCGGAGGUGGACAAGCUCGAGACCGGCAUCAAGGACGCCAAGGCCAUCGCGGACGACAGCUCGUCGGCGGGCGCCCAGAACGAGAGCCUGCAGCGGAGGUUGCAGCUGCUCGAGGAGGAGGCCGAGGAGGCGGAUAAGCAGCUGAGGGAGACGAAUGAGAAACUCCGCCAAACAGACGUCAAGGCCGGCCACUACGAACGCAAAGUCCAGGCCCUCGAGGCCUCUCACGACCAACUGGAGAAGAAGUACGAGGAGAUGUCCAAGAAGUACGCAGACACCAAGAAGGAGCUGGACGACUUCGUGGCCGAGCUUGGCAACAUCUGA